AUGACCAAUAAUGAGUUCAUUGCCUUUCAGCUUCUUGUUGAGCAGAGUGCCAAGACACACCUGGAGACCAAAAAGUGUAUGUCCUACCAGGACCAGGAGAAGAUGCAGAUGCAUGUUGCCAAUUUGGCUGACGUCAAGCUAUUGAUUCACCUGCACUUAGGUUGCCAGAGCAUGGGCCACAAGGGCCAGUACUGUGAUGACUGGAUAAUCAGUGACUACACGCAGCUAUGGCUCCGUGCACAAGUGUUGGCAGCGCAGUCUGCAUCAUUAUCGCAAGAAACACCAUCACAAGGCAGGGACCCAUACAAGAAUAGUUGUGGUUUGGACAUUGAAUACUAUGACCUUGUGGGCACUGUUGCCCUUUGCCUCUAUGUCCUGCAAGUGCAGCAGGAAGGUAUUGUACAGCCUGCCACAGUCUAUUUGGAGAUGAGCACUGCUGUAGAGGACAACCACAGUGUCUUGUUCACACAUGAAGGGAGCAGGGGGAACAGCAGGAGUGGGAGCGGGAAUGGUGGGGAGCUGGACUGGAGAAGUGGCAGGAGCAGGAGCCCAGACAGCAGGGACAGGGAUGGCGGCGGGGAUGGCAGGAAUGGCGGGAACGGGGACAGCAGGGACCAGGAUGGGAGCAGCAACUGCAGUGGAGCCAGGACUUGCACAGGAGCAGCAGCAGGUCCCAUCUGGGUCUUGAUAUCUACGGGUCUGCCAAACACUGCAGCGUUCAUGGCCUGGGUAACAGCAAGGAGGUCCUCCCGGGGACCUGUCAGGAUGAGAGUGAUUUGGGGCAUCAUGGUGAUUGGGAUGUUCAGGGAAGGUUUGCGCCCUUAA